UGCGUUCGUAUUGAAUGCAAGAUAUUGUGAAGUGCUUCAAAAAGUACUUUUGCGAUACACUAACUCACUGAGCGCAAAUUGACAGCUGUCAAAAAGAUUCAAGUGGACAAAAACAAUAAUAUUAUUAUAUUAACCAAAUAAAAAACAAAGGAGUACCGUAGAGUAUUUAAGAUUUACAUUAUGAAUAGAGACUAAAUAAAAAAAGGAUUAUGUUUUUGUUUUGGAACCGGACAGAUAAUAAUGCACCUGCUAGAACAUCUCAGCGAACUCAAAAUCUGCUUGGCAAAAAAUUCAUUGAGAAAUUAGAUGCUUUGCAUGAUGGAGCAAUACGUACUGGUUUGGUAACAACUGCAGAUUUGCAGGAAGCAUAUCGCAAAUCUCGCGAAAUAGAACAAAACCCAAAUCUAACUAAUAUUUGGUAUGGCUUGGGAAUUAUGGCUUUUAUAAUGGUGGCGACCCCACUCUUUUACGAAAUAAUUACUUUUCUGCUGAGUGUGCGUUGCUUUUUACCAAACAAUUAUUUAGUUAUCAGAGAAGCAACAAGACCAAUUAGUGAUUGUGAAUUCUGCAAAGGAGUUAAUGGACCACUGAUAUUGAAAAAUUUAACUCGAGACGAAUUUGAACCUUUAGCUUAUUCAUCGCAACCAAUUAUUAUAAAAAACGCUGUGACACACUGGCCGGCGACGAAGUUGUUAAACUUUACUUUUAUAAAGAACUUGUAUGAAAGUAUACCAGGUGCUUUAGAUGAAGAUUGCCAAUUUUUGCAUUUCCGCUCAGAUUUUAAAAAUCUUCGAGAUGUCUUAAAUAUGCCACCCGAGCGAGCCAACUUAAGGGAAGGAGAUGAGACUUGGUAUGUUGGUUGGAGUAAUUGUCAUCCAGUUGUGUUGGGGGAAUUACGCAAACUCUAUCCUCGUCCUCAUUUUCUACCAGCUGAUGCAGAAAUGCCAAACACUGAUUAUAUUUUCUUAGGCUAUGAACAAGGCGCAUUCAUGCACUUAGACUACAUACCUAGGUUAAUGUGGCAGGCACAGUUGCAGGGAAACAAAAGUUGGAUAUUAGCUCCAACUCCAGAAUGUGAUCAUAUUUGUCAAUCCUUCUCGUUUUAUGUGGAACCCGGUGAUGCAGUAUUGGUAGACACUAGAAUCUGGUAUCACGGCACUUCUAUACCGAAAGGCCAAUUUGCCCUCACUAUACAAUCUGAAUACGGUUAAACUACAAGUAUACGUACGCGUGAAUCGAUGUAAACUCUUAGUCCUAAUGGAUUUUUUUAUAUUUCUAGAAAUAAUAAAUACAGAUUAAUAAUUUGUUA